CGAGACACGAGCCGAACUGGGCGUCAGGUCGGGGAGCCGGUCGGGUUCCCGCUCGCCGCCGCCGCCGCCACCGCCCCCCGCAGCGACUCUCCCGCCUCUCCAGUCGCGUUGGUCGCGGGGAGCUGCAUCAACAACUCUGCUCGGCUGUGGAGCCGCCUGCCCGAGAGCACGGUGACUGGGACGCGACACGCCGAGCCGCCCAUCAUCUCUAGUCAGGGCGACCCCUCCCGGGUCCGCCCUCGCCCUGCGCGGCCGCCGGAGCCCCCAGUCCCCGAGCGGCCCCGCGACUCGGCGCCCGCAUCCCGGCCCCUGCACUCCCGCGGCCGCCGCCCCCCACCCUGAACAUGGACUCCGACUCCUGCGCCGCCGCUUUCCACCCGGAGGAGUACUCCCCCGGCUGCAAGAGGCGCAGGACCGUGGAGGAUUUCAACAAGUUCUGCACCUUUGUCUUGGCCUACGCGGGCUACAUCCCUUACCCUAAGGAGGAACUCCCUUUGAGGAGUAGCCCCAGCCCUGCCAACAGCACUGCUGGUACCAUCGACAGCGACGGCUGGGAUGCUGGUUUUGCUGACAUCUCGUCCACGGUGCCCUUGCCCGUGUCUGACCGCUGCUUUGGCCACCUGCAGCCUACUCUCCUGCAGCGAGCCAAGCCCAGUAACUUCCUGCUGGACAGAAAGAAGACCGACAAGCUGAAGAAGAAGAAGAAGAGGAAGCGCCGGGACAGCGACGCGCCUGGGAAGGAGGGCUACAUGGGGGGCCUGCUGCAGCUGGAAUCCGCCGACCCCUACGCAGAGACCCCCACGAGCCCCACCCUGCAGGAUAGCCCCCAGGCCCCCGGCGACCCCUGCUCGGGCUGGGACUCCGACACACCUUCCAGUGGAUCUUGUGCCGCGGUGUCCCCCGACCAGGUCAAAGAAAUAAAAACUGAAGGCAAACGGACUAUCGUCCGGCAGGGCAAGCAGGUGGUGUUCCGGGACGAGGAUAGCACUGGCAACGACGAGGACAUAAUGGUGGAUUCAGAUGAUGACUCCUGGGACCUCGUCACCUGCUUCUGCAUGAAGCCGUUUGCCGGCCGCCCCAUGAUAGAGUGUAACGAGUGCCACACCUGGAUCCACCUGUCCUGUGCCAAAAUCCGCAAGUCCAACGUUCCCGAAGUGUUCGUCUGCCAAAAGUGCCGGGACUCCAAGUUCGACAUCCGCCGUUCCAACCGCUCCCGGAUGGGCUCCCGGAAGCUGUUCCUGGACUGACCUGGGAGAGCGAGGAGACGGUGGGCGAGGAGUCGGGAGGGACGGGGGGCCUCCGGCCCCCUCUUAGUGGAGCACAGAACUCUGAGCUCUGGUGCGGGCAGACCCCUGCCAUUCAGGUGCCUAAGCGGACGGACCGGCUGUCCAAGGUAGAAACUGUACAUACAGCCAGUGACUGAAUAAACCCUCGUUGGCCGAGCCGCCGCUGCGGCGCUGUGUCCUCCACGGUGGAGGCGGACUGCACGCCUGCAUGCGGCCGGCUUGGUCCAGCUGAAGCAGAGGGUAUGUGGUAGUUGUGAGUUCUUGCUGUCGUUGUAAACAAGCUCCCGCCGAAGGGAACGCCUGCUGGCUGUCAUCCUGCUUCCGCCGUGUCGGGGAGGGCGGUCGGCGUCCCUGGCCUGUGGACGAACAGCCCCGCGUGUGAGCUUCUUCGCGAUGUCAGUCUUUUGCCAUAAGUGUCUACAGCAACCAUCGGAGCUGCCCCUACCUUCCUGGUCCGCUCUCUCCCCUGCCUGGGGGGCCGCCCGGGGGCCUAGCUGGUGAGCCCCGUGUUUUUUCGGUUUGUUAAAAGGGACACUGUGCAGCCGUUUCUCUCUGGAAAGGGGGUCAGUUGGGGUUCAAGGUGGCCCAUGUUCAUAACUCAGUUUCCUGUUUUGCACGAUGUAAAAAAACUGUCUUUUUGCACGAAAUAGCCCAAAGUAUUGGCAGACUUCUGCCCGGGUUCCCUUUCUCUCCAGUUGGCUUUUGAGGGCCUGGGGGUGGCCCAGGAAGCAGAUUUCAAGCGGUGGCACUUGGAUUCUCUCCUGGCCUCUCCCUCUCACGUUAUUCUAGUAGCGCCCUUAAGGGUUAGGCAGUCACGGGGCCGAGUUCCGCUGCCUAGUGGGGUCAGGGAGCGUUGGAGGAAGGCCUCUCCCGUGGGUUGUUAGUAGUGUGCCCCUCACACAGGCUGGCCUGCUGGUUCCACGGGGCAAGGUAGGAUCUUUGAAGCCUUUUUUUUUUUUUUUUUUGGUUUGAAUUGGUGAGUGAGACGGUAACACUGCCCUCUAGGAAGGUACCAUUGAGCUGGGUGGAGUUCCUUCGAGCUAAACUGGGACCCCGGCCUGGGGGAGACCCCUCUGCGGGCCAGCUCUGGAGAAGCUGGGAGGUUGAAGGCCCUGCUCUGCUCGAGGGCGGCGUCGCGGGGACACUGGUGGUUCCCGGGCGCCAGGGAGAGGGAGGGCUCGAGCUUUCUCCAAAAUUGACGUUUUUUAGCAGUUCAGAUGCUUGUUCUCAGAAAUGUUUUUUUUGUAAAUUGAUGGGUGUGUUUUGCCUAAACAUUGUUCCUUAUGAAGCAUGAAAAGGGAAGGGUGCCCAACUCAGUCCUAUUUAUGUAGAGCAGGAUGGGCCCUCGGCCUCCCUGCUGGGGCCUCUCCCCGGGGACCCUUGUGUGGGGCUGCGGGGGGACUUGGUCCACGUCCCCUCACUGAAGCAUCCAGGGGGUUGAACUUUCAUUGGCUAAUCAGAGCCUAUAUCUUGUCCUAGUGUGUUUCAUGCUUGACCAGCCAACUGCCUUUUUGUUUUAUUUUUUAAUUCUGUUGCUUAUAUUAACACAAACCUAGAGAGGAAUAGUUUCUGAGACCCAUUUUAUUGUGAACAUUCCCCAAGGGAGACGUUCUGCUGUAGAGAAAAAUAGUAAGAAGCUGGCUUAGAAACAACCUUUUCCCCAGACGACUGUCUGGCUCUGACCAGGGCAAACCUCCAGGCAAAGUUGGAGAGGCAUUUGCCAAAGAUCUGCCCCGUGACGUUGCCUGUCCAGUGUCUUUACUAUGAUAGUAGCCAAAGCUGCAAAGUGUUUCUCUCUUAAAUGAAAACUCCACCAAGUUUUAAAAGUGCAUUUAAAAACAGGCGUGAUUUUUAGAGUGGUACUGCCAACCCUGGCAACUGCCAUGUUGCUUUUAGAAGGUUCAAUUCCUGGUGGCGCCUCUGGAAGGCAUUUGAGAUUCAUCUCGAUUUGUUUCCUUCGUUUCCUUUUUGUUCUUGCAACAGAUUUCUCCCCGUGGGUGGUGUCUGAGAGGUUCAGGAUACCUUGGUUUUUGUGUUAGAUUGAGCUGGGCAGCUGCAAUCAGCUUUAUGCAAAUGAGACACGGCCCAUCUAGGGGUUCCUGGUUGGUGGCUGAUGGAGUGAGGGGAGGGAAAGGUGUCACCCCAAAAGCCCCUCCCAUUGGCUUUGGCCAGGCCAGACACUUAACAUCGUUUACAUGGUUCUGUGUAAUUAUAAAGUUUAUGUGUAUAAAGCAAAGCUGUUUCUGUGAAACUGUAUAUUUUGUAAAUAAAUAUAUUGCUACUUUGAGGUUCA